AUGCCAGACAGAGGAGCUCCUGCAAUAGCAUAUUUUAUGCUCAUGUUUACAGUCAAUCUUAUGAAGAAGAUAGUCCUAGAAACAAACAGAUAUGCCCGAUCAUUUAUCAAAACCAACAUGCAAAGGAUCAACAGAUGUAGACAUUCACGUGUUCACCAAUGGAUUAAGAAUGGACCGCUCACAAUUAAUGAGUUUAAUGCCGCUAUUUACAAUAUGGGACUGAAUAAGAGACCGACACUACAGUGCUACUGGAAGAAAGGGAAACAAGAAUACAAGUGGUUUAGAAAGAUGUUUCCAAGAAAUAGGUUUCAAUUAAUUCUAAAAUUUUUACAUGUUGUUGAUAAUCGUAAAGUUUCAGGCAGAAAUGAUCCAACAUAUGACCCAUCGGCCAAGUUUAAGCCGAUUCUUGAUUCAUUGAACAUGCGAUCCAAAUAUCUGUAUACACCUGAAAGAAACCUAUCAAUUGAUGAGUCUUUGGUUGGGACACGUGCGCGCUCUGUAAUGACACAAUAUAUACCAUCAAAAAGUCACAAAUUUGGCAUUAAACUUUGGAUGCUGGUAGAAUCUAUAUCCGGUUAUCUCGUGCAUAGUACUGUUUACAGAGGUCGUCGUUUCGAUCCUGUGCCUGGUGGGGAACUCCAAAGUAGUAUGGUUGUUAAAAGUCUACUGAACGUUAGUUGUUUAUUUGAUAAAGGAUACCACGUGUUUUGCGAUAGUUUCUUUUCUAGUCUACCACUAGCAUCAGAACUACUUUUAAAUAGGACAUUGAUGACUGGAAGUUUAAGAAGUAACCGACCAAUGCCACAAAGAAUAAAAAACCCAAAAUUAAGUCCGGAUGAAUAUGUAUUUAUGAGAAGACAAGAAACAUUAGUAUGUGCAUACAGACAAAACAAACGGAAACCAGUUCACAACUAUUAUAAACAUGAAAUGGUCAUAUUAUAA